UCUACGGGAGCGGAAAAUGUGUCCAGGAAACGGAUCGAAGCUGAACGUGUUUUCGACGUUGCUUACGGGACUCGUGCAACCAGUCCAGGAUGAAGCGUUCCUCGUCUGGUGCCUGCAGAUAAGCGUGCAACCCUUUUCGAACGAUGCCUCUCUCGAAGCACGAUCGAAUUAACUUGAGCUCCGGCGAGAAAUAAUUUCUGAACCGCCCCUUUGGCCACGAUCGUCGCGAGGGGUCGUUUGCCUCUCACAAGGCUGAAUUCUGGUUAACGAGAGAGGAGAAAUGCUGGAUUCGUUGUGAAAAUGCUGGUGGACGAUUGCGGCAGCGCGAUGGGGUGGACUUCGACCAGCGUUCGCGGGGGUUGGUCCACCCCUGGCGGAUGCAGAAAUUCGGCUAUGAGUUUCAGCGGAAGUGUGCCCUCCCUUCAUCCUGCUGGCUCGAUAAGAUCGCUGCGAUCACAACACUCUAUGCAGGGCGUGCCGGAAACACCGCGAAGAUGCUUGCACUGUCAUCCGGUACACGUACCGAGCACCCCUAACAAUUAUGUACACCAUCCUAUGCAGUAUUACACGCCCAGUCAUUGCCCCGAGCCAAGGAAUGGCGUGUAUACUCCUCAUCGGGGCAACUCUUAUCAUGGCGAUACUCGAAUGCGUUACUUGGACACUGACGAGGGUAUCGCUGCCAACAAUAAUUGGAUGCUGGGUGACCUGAGGAGUCUUCAUCGCUGUGUUCCAACCUUUCGACGUCCAGGAAUAGACGUCUCUGGCAUGCGAACGCAUUUCUAUCCAGAGGGUGGUUGGGGGUGGUUGGUCUGUGCAGCCGGUUUUCUUGCCCUGUUGCUCACCACGGGAAUGCAGCUCGCUUUCGGGCUUCUUCAUAUUCACGCAGCUCGACACUUUGGCGAGGAACACCUCAUGGACCUGGCAUGGGUGGGAGCAUUGAGUGCUGCGGUUUCCCGUGGAUCUGCUCCAUUGGUUGUCGGCGCGUGUCGUCGUGGAAGUACAAGGCUUACGGCUGUGAUUGGCGGUCUCGUGUUGGCAUUGGCGUCGCUCUUCACAUCGUUCGCUGUUGAACUGCACCAGGUACUUCUUAGCUACGGCGUGGUGCUGGGAACCGGCGCUGGCCUCGUGAGGGAAACUGCCGGUCUGGUGCUGGGCCAUUACUUCAGAAAACGACGGGAGUUCGUCGAGAUGGUGGUGCAAGCUGGUACGGGGGUGGGAAUAGUGCUCUUCAGCGUCUUCUACAGGGAAGCCGUCGGAAAGCUGGGCUGGGAGCACGGUAUGCAGUCAGUAACUGGAGCUCUCUCGUUGGCCUUCUUCCUGGGCUUGAUUUACAAGAGUGCCUCCCUCUAUCAUCCUCAACGACGAGCCAUGUUACACCUGAAGAAUCAACGUAGCAAAGUGAAAGAGAAGAAGUCUGCUACCAGGGUACCCAGACAGCCGUGGGUCGAUUUUAGCCCUCUGGGAAGUCGUCCUGUCAGGAUGCUAAUGCUGGCCGCAGGAGCCGCUGGUUUUGGCCUUUAUACUCCUGCCUUUUACAUCGCCUUGCAGAGCCACAAAGACGGUUUGGAGGCCAGUGCUGUGGUGCUUUUGCAGACUUGCUUGGGUUUGGCAGCAGCUCUCGGUUGUGCGGCUUGGGGAGUUGUAACCGCUAGACCAUCUGCACAGUGUCUGGUGUCCAGGCAAUACCUCUGCCAGGCAGCACUUCUAGGAGUUGCUAUAGCGCAGGUGGCUCUGGGCAGCGUACAGGGUUACCAUGGUUUGGUGUUGGCGUCCGGACUCUACGGCGCCUCCCUCGGCGGCGCUCUUUAUUCUCUGAAAAUGCUGGCUCUCGAAAGACUGAGGGCGAGACACUUCGCACGAUCCUGGGCGCUCGUGCAAGCUGCGGAAGCUCUACCUAUUCUUCUCGGAGUUCCUCUUACUGGUUACAUGAACGCGAACAGCCCAAGGGUGGGUUACUACGCGUGCACUUUAAGUUCCUUGUGCGGUGCAGCGUUACUUUUCUUGGUCGGUUGGGGUCGACAGCCAGCGUCGCCAGUUUUGCCAGGGUCACAUUUGUCCAGCGUGAACGUGCCACCGCCAUGUGCCUGUCCACCGCCACCCAGGCCAAGGUUGCCGAAGUCCCAGUCCCUUCACGUGCCCCUGGACGUCGAGGAGAACCUCCGCGAGAGAGAGAUGGAGAGGAUGCACACUGCCGAUCAUUACUAUCAACCACAGUUCUACGGGCCUCUGAGACCCAGCAAGAGCGUCCCGGAGGGUCUGAGUCACCAGGACUCGUACAGGAGUCGACCCAGACGCCACCGCGACGUCACGGUGAUCGAGCAGAUCACCACCAGCGUCUAAUUCCGUGAUUGCUUUGAGAUAAUCUAGGAAAAUUCCGUGAUAUUUGUUAGCUGUGAUUAGAUGUCGAAGUACACAGCGGUUGUUGUUGUUGUCCCUGUUUGGUUCACCUUUUACGAACAGUCGUAAGCGUUCAUGAAAUUUCCUACUCGAGGACGAGAAAGAACGAGAGACUUUACGAUGGAGGUCCUUUACGAGCGAUAUCCUUCACGGAAACGUAAAAGACGAAGAAAUCUUGAUAAGACGUUCCUACAGAUCAUUCCUUUAUCCACUGUCGUGUUUUAUUUAUCCCCGGCAUAACAAUUACGGUCCCGAACUUAGACAAAUGGCAAAUCGAUGUGGUAUUCCGAGCACGUAGAGCAUUCCGGAAACUCGAGAAUUAGAAAACGUCACGAGAGUUUUUGGUCGAUACUGUUCGGCGACUGAAAAAAGAAUUCCAGUACCCGUUAAAACCAAAGCCCAUUACCGAAGCGCUAUACCCAUAGAAGCCCAUUAAGGUUAAUAUCGCUCUCUAAAAUUCGACAAUUAUCGCACGGUUUCGUGGAAACUGCAUAAUCCCUGGCAGGGUCUGGCUCGGUUAAUCGAAGCGAUCUGUUGUGCACGGAAUAACCGUGAACAAUGCGGGGUGCUAUUAUCGCGGUGGUGUUACGUUGUACACACGCGCGUGCACACCAUGGUUGACGGUGAAAUCUCGCAUGAUCGGAAAUUCCAUUGAGCCGCGUCGCUAGAUGGACCGAUUGCCAGAUGCCUGGCCAACGAUGCGUGUCAACAUGGUCGCGUAUAAGAUUACGAGCGGUCGAGUUACCAUGAUCGCGUUCGACUACCGGCAAAUUUCGAAUUUAACACCGAUCCUCGGUGUUUGCCAGAUCGUUCCGGACGUUUGACUGCAACGCGAACCGGAAGUGGAUGGAUGAACGCGACACAAGCGCCAAUCGAACGGAAACCUUCGCGCCUCACUCUAUGCGUUUUCAGAUGCUUUUCUAUGAUGCAGGAGUCUAUUUUCUUAUAUGCAAAAUAGUUACUAUAUU